AUGGCAAACGCAAACGAGUGGUUAAAUAGAGCAAUUCCGACGGAUAAAAAAAAUCAAGCAACAACCCUUCGUGUCUAUAGUAGUUAUCAAUAUCGUCAAGAACUUGAUACCGUAUUGAGUGUCGGGUAUAUGAAAAGAAAAUCUAAACAUAAUAUCAAUGGAUAUCAAAACGAUUAUUCCACUCCUCCAAAUUAUUACUUUUGUAAUGUCAUUUUGGAAGGAGAGCUAGAUCUUAAUGAUUUUGUUAGUUUACAGGAACUAGAAAUCGUAGGUACUGAACAGCAACAACAAAAGUUAACCAAAUUGAAAGUUGAUAAAUGUAUUGGGUUGAUUUCAAUUACGAUUAAUUAUACAUCCCUUGGUUAUUUAAGUUUAGGUAGUAAACCAAAAUUGAAAAAUAUUAAUUUCAACGGCAACAAACGACUCAUUUUUUGCGACAUUACAUUAAAAAAUCUAAUAGAAAGAUUAACUAAUUUGGCCCUAACCGCUAAAAGCAUUAGUCUUAGUGAUUUGAAAUUGGAGAUUAAAAAAAUCAAAGAGGAAAACUUAGUGCACCAGUUGGAUGUUAUUAAAAAUAGUUUGGAUCUAGACAAUCAGCUAUGGUUAGAAAGUUUAGUAGAAGCUCAACAAGAAGUUUUGUAUAAUAACAACACAUUUGCUCACAAGCAAUUAGUAAGAUGUAAAAAAAAAUUAUCUGAAGUAUUGACUGAUGAAGAAAUAAAAGACAUUUUAGGAAAAAAAAUAGAAAUUAAUGAAUUGGAAUCACAAUUAAAUAGACUCAACAAUUUGUCAUUGAACAAUUAA